AUGAUAACACCUAGCUCCAUUAUCCAUCACAUUCCCUAUGACCCCACCAACACUGAGAUUGUGUCCACACGCCCGAAAAAGCGCAUCGAGAUUGUCGAGCCGGAUCCCACAUGGCCGGCCGCAUUCGCGCGUAUCGAAGCACGCAUCAAGGCCGCUUUGCCUCAAGACGGCCUCUACGUUCAACAUGUUGGAAGCACCAGUGUCCCUGGCCUCCCCGCGAAAGCCGUAAUUGACAUCGACGUGGUCGUUCCCGACCCUACAGCUGAAGAAGACUACGUUCCUGCGCUCGAGAGUGCAGGGUUUCAAUUCCUUUUCCGAGAGCGCAAAUGUCCGGAAGUUGUGAGGCACAGACUCUUUCGAGAUUGGCUCAGGGAUCCAAAGAAUGAGGGGGAUAAGGAAUCAUACGCGGAAGUGAAGAGGCAGGCGGCGAGAGCAAGUCGGGAGGCAGAUGAGACAGUGAUGGAGUAUAAUGAUCGAAAGGAGCCGGUCAUCAGGGAGAUACUAAAGAGGGUCUAUGAGGCCCACGGUCUCCUGGGGGACAGUAAAAGCGGACCAUGA